AUGUCGGCCCCACCAUCACCUCGAAGCCGCAUUCCCGUCCGCUCGUCGAGCUGUCCACAAUCGCCUAAACCACGACACUUGCGUCUCUUACACUCUGGUCUGAUCACGAUCCCUGAGGGCACCAGACAAAGCAGCGCAGAUGCUAUCUUGACAAGAAUGCCCAGAGUCAGAUCGUCUGAUAGUCUGUAUAAGCCCGUCACGGACAAAGUGUUGCCGCAGCUGCCUCAAGCUGAAGUCACUCUUGAAGUCACCCCUGAGGCUCCUCUUAAUCCUGCUCUUGACAAAAAGGCACACUGCAACAUCUGCGAAGAAGAAGCGAAGAACGAGGUCCAAACUAUCGCUCCAGUUGUUGUAGAGACUGUGAUAUUGGAGGAACAUGCAUGGCAAGAGUUCUUUGUACAGGAGCGGACCCUCACGAGAUGGACUAUAUCAACCAACCUCGAAGCCGCAAUGGAUGCAACCAAAACCCAACUCCAAAACAUUAACACUGCACGUGUGAAACACGACUGCCUUGUUGAGCUCUGUAAAGGCAUAUCAGAGACCAAUGCCCAACUCCAACCCCUGUGUCAACGAGCCAUCGACCAGCAUCAAGCCCUGGCCCAGAAGGAAACCCAGCUGUGCAAUGCAAGCAACUACGUCCUCGAACGCAACGACGUCUUAAUCACCAAAUGUCGCCUCUUUCUCACAAACUCCGCAAACUCUUAUCAUAAGCUGAAAGCCGAGUACAACAAAGCCUUGGCCCACGCAAAGGAAAUAACGAAAUACAAUACUUGUACCUGCGUCCCCAAGACCAACGAUCUCGACAAGGAAUUCGGAUCUCUGACGGCUUUGAACAAGGACAUUGGUAUCGUGACCGAAAACAUCACCUCUAUCAAUGGUCUGCUGGCUUGUCACAAUCAGGAUCUCGAUAGUCAGAUUGCCAGUCUCAAUGCUGAGAUUAUCAAACUUGCGUCGAAGAAAGCAUUCAGCUUUUUGGGCAAGGUAUUGUGCUCUCGUUGA